UUCCACCAUGAGUGCGGAUUUACUGUCUGAUCUGGAUAGUCGAUUUUUCGCUGAUAAUCUGCUGACCAGCGAGGACUGGGAUGCGUGUCUGUAUCAGUGUGAGAACAUGGAGGAGGGUGAGGACAGACUGAAAUUCGACACAUCGCGCGCCAACGACCUGGUGCUGACUCUCGACCCUGACAACCCCACGUCACCAUGGAGACACCUAGGAAACAACCUGCUGGAAGGUAACAUGUCCGCACUUAAAGAUGAAAUGACGAUAACACAACCUCUCCCCGUCGACAUGUUGUUUCAGUUGAAGGCCGAGCCUCCGUCCCCGUCCUCCUCUCUUGGUUCAGAGUCCUCACUGUCGUCCUUACCUGAAAACCAGGCGAAAGGUGAGAACCCCCCGACUCCCCCCUACAUGUACGGAGACGUUCUCCCACCCACGGUGGGUACCAUGGAGGUUACCGUAGCAACCGGCUCCGCUCCCCCUCACCAAGCUCCGCCUAUGCUUCCUGUUCCCACAGCAACACAGACCACAGUGAACGCAGGUUCGAUACUCAGCAGUAAACCCGUGCUGCAGCCGAGGCCGGUGUGUGUAGCUGCUAAAGCUCUGAUUCUACAGAGCACCACACCAGCGGUGGUCCUCUCUCCGUCGGUGUGCCUGGGUUCCGCUCCGGCGAUCGUUAAAAUGGAGCCCGUAUCUCCCAGCAUUCACUGCGCCAGCCCUACGCCCAGCGCCAAGCCCAUCAUCCCAGCGUCCUCUCUGCCCGCCGGGACCUGCGGCGACAUCAACAUGAAGGUCCUGAAGCGACAGCAGCGCAUGAUAAAGAACCGGGAGUCGGCGUGUCAGAGCCGCAAGAAGAAGAAGGAGUACGUGCAGAACCUGGAGGCGCAGCUCCGAGAGGCGCAGCAGGAGAACGAGCGCCUGCGCCGGGAGAACCACGCCCUCCGACUCCGCCUCGCCGGCAAAGAGGGCGGUGACGCUGGUAUCAAUAAGCGUGCAGUGUGUGUGAUGGUGGUGUUACUCUUCAUCACCUUCAGCUUCGCCCCCGUCAGCAUCACCGACAGGAAGCUUCACUCCUCGCUGGAGGAGGAGCCGGAGCACCACGUGAGGCGCCGCCUGCUGGAGGCUCAGGACACCUACGAGGCUCCGGACGCCAGCCAGACGGCGAGCGACAGGCCGGCGGAGGACAGGCUGGACAGCGAGGAGGACCCGGGGGAGGACAGGUGGAGGAGAGGAGAGGUGGAGAGAGACACCGCUGACUUUCAGUUCAGGAACGUGACCACCAUGUUCAGCGAGGUGAGGGACCUGGUUCUGCAGGACAUCGACCGGCUCUUCUCCUCCCCCGACUGCAGGCAGUUCAACCGCUCCGAGUCCCUCAGGCUGGCCGACGAGCUGCGCGGCUGGGUGCGGCGGCAUCAGAUCAACCGCAAGAAGUCCAACCGAAAACCCAAGAUUGCUCAGAAAGCCAAAAUAGCUCAGCAGAAAGCUCAGCACAGGAAGACCAACUUCUCCCGCUACCUACCCAUCGAGACUCACCGCGCCAUCGAGAGUCAGCUGCAGCUCUUACCCGGACCGGAGGUGAGCUACGCCGACUUCCUGGACGCCAUCGAUCGGCGCGAGGACACCUUCUACGUGGUCUCGUUCAGACGGGAUCAUCUGCUGCUUCCUGCCAUCAGUCACAACAAAACCACGCGUCCCAAAAUGUCCCUGGUCAUGCCGGCCAUGGCCGUCAACGAGUCGGUGUACAACUCGUCCAAGGGCGGCUACGAGCUGAUGAUGCAGGUGGACUGCGAGGUGAUGGACACCCGGAUCGUCCCCAUCAAAUCCUCCGUCGUCCCUCCCUCCCUCAGAGACACGCCCCCGAACCCGCCCACUCACCACCACCACCACCAUGCUAACCACACCCGGCAGCACCACCCGCCGACGCCCAGGCAGCCCCUGCCGGCCAGGAGGAGGGGGGCGGAGUUUCUGAUCAGCCAGUCAGGAUCAGUGUGAAAGAAGGGAAACUCACACACACACACACACACACACACACACACACACACACAGAUACACACACUAGAUUUAUACACACACACACACACACUUACCCAUAUAUGCCCACACAGAUACACACACUUACCUAGACUUACACACAUACACACUUACCCAUAUAUGCCCACGCACACACACACACACACGCACACACACACACACUUAUCUAGAUUUAUACACACACUGAAAUGUAUACACACACACUUACCCAUAUAUGCCCACACACACACAGAUACACACACUUACCUAGAUUUAUACACAGACACAUACACACACACAUUACCCAUGUAUAUAUAAUACACACACACACACACAGAUACACACACUUACCUAGA